UCUAUACUCGGUACCUGUAUGGCCAUCGACGGAUUGCGUUACUACCCGCCAUGGUAGUUGGUAGUGGAUGCUCCCUCUUGAGGAAAUUAAAUCUGCCCCACCUCUCUCUCUUCGCGUGUCCUGCUCGUCCCAAUUCUUACGGAUCAGGGUUUCUCGCAUGCCGCUUUAAUCCAAGGUCUUUCUUUCUCCCCUUCCUUUCCUCCCUCCGCCAACCCCACAUCCGCCCCGCCACCGCGCCCCCCAACCCCCCCUCACAACCCCCGCGCCUCCCUCCUCCCAUGAAGGGGCGAUGCCUGAUGCUUCACCCGCCUCAUAUACCCAAGUGCUGCCAGCAACCAAGGAGCCGCAGGGCUCACCAUCCUCCCCUUAAAGGUUCUUUUUCUCCGUUCUCUGUCUGUAAAGAUUGUUCUUCCAGCACCACAACCACCAGCACAGAUCAAGGCAAUUAUGAACCUUUUUUGGAAGAUGGAGAAGAUAUGUCAGUGUUUCCUUUGUUUAAGUCUAAUCUGUCUUGGAAUGAAGACGGCAAAAGGAUUUUCUUGAAUGCUGGAGAAGUACCAGCCCUUGAAGUUGAAACAGUAACUAAAAUUUCUUCAAUGGAUUCUUGCAAAAACGGAACUUCUUAUGCAACAUGGGAUGAUGGAUCAUAUCUAACUGAUCGUGUUAGUACCCACUUGUCUGCAGGACCAUCACCAAGUACAGCAGAUAAAUCUUUGUUUCCAGUUGCUGGAAACAUGGAAUCUUGGUUGGCUCCUGGAAAUGUUGUAUGGGCUAAAACUCCUUCCCAUGAGUGGUGGCCUGCAGAGGUCAUGGAUGUGAGAGAUAUCCUAGAUUGCACCAGCAAUCACCACGUUAGCCAUGUGUUGGUGCAGCUCUAUGGGAACCAUGAACCUGCGUGGCUUGAUCCAGUCAAAGACCUGUCACAAUUUGAUUAUUGCUUUGAAGAGAGGAGCAAAAAUCCUUUAGAAGCGUUUCAAGAUGCUCUUAAGCAGGCCUUGCUUAACCAUGUGCAUACAAAAUCACUAGCAUUAUUGAGAUGUUCUGAUGAGGUGAAGAGUACGAGCCAAAAUGGCGCAUGUGAUGCACAGAAUCCUUCAAAUUCAAGUAGAACAAAGGAUGACUUCAUUGAAGAAGGGAGGGGUAAAAGGAAAAGAAAAAUGAAACUUCACUUUGAUGAGUUGAGCUUUCCAGAGAAACCACAAAGAAGAGUGCGCCGUCUAAGGAUAAUGCGAUACCUUGGGCUCAUUGCUCCUGCUGGAUCUCCCUUUUCUUCCCCCCAUGUCAAAACUUCAUAAGUUGCGUCUCAUUCAUUUUUGCUGGUUGUUCUACUAGGAGUCAUUUUCUUUAUAGGCAGCUAUUAUGUUAUAAACUGUGCUAGAGGAUUCAUAGACGUGUAUGUGGUCUGUGGAACAAUUAACGUCAGACAAGCUUGUUCUUGGAGUUAUUGCCAUCCAUUUGUCGUAACUCUUCAUAAUGUAUUGAGAUGGCACAGCUGUAACCACUCAAUGGCUGCGGGAAUCUUACAAAAAUCUCCAUGCUUGAUAACUGCACU